GCAGCUGGGUGGCCAACGCCUUCGCCCGGGCUGGUGGGAGCCGGGCAGGUUCGCUGGGUGGGCGCCGCCCGAGCCAGGAGGUGGUGCCCUCUCACGCCAGCUAAUUGCUCCACGGGUCUUGGCCUUGACAGGUGUUGGUGCCUGCCGUGGACGCCUUCUGACCUGGGCCGAAUCUCUCUCCGGAGACUUCGCGCCUAUGGUUGGGGACAGAGCGAGGUCGUUGCCUUGACGACAGCAUGCGGCCCGCGGUCCUCCCGAGUGUGAGCUUGCGGCGGGCCGAGGUCCAUCUGCCUCCCUGCCUGCUUCACCCGGGACCCGAGCCUGUGCCAGCGGAGGAAGUCACAGCGGCGCUGGAAUUGCUGGUUCGUUAGUCAGCAUCUUUAGACCUGCGAGCGAGAUGCAUUUCACCUCAAAUUUGUUUCCAAGUUGAAAACCUUUGGUUCUUUCCAUGCGAAAGGAUUUGAAGAAACACAAAAAAAAAGUUCCUACUGGUUGUAAAUUAAAAUGGAAAAAUAUGAGAACCUGGGAUUGGUUGGAGAAGGAAGUUAUGGAAUGGUGAUGAAGUGUAGGAAUAAAGAUAGUGGAAGAAUUGUGGCCAUCAAGAAGUUCUUAGAAAGUGAUGAUGACAAAAUGGUUAAAAAAAUUGCAAUGCGGGAAAUCAAGUUACUAAAGCAACUGAGGCAUGAAAAUUUGGUGAAUCUGUUGGAAGUGUGUAAGAAAAAGAAACGAUGGUACCUAGUCUUUGAGUUUGUUGACCACACAGUUCUUGAUGACUUGGAGCUCUUUUCAAAUGGACUAGACUACCAAGUAGUUCGAAAGUAUUUGUUUCAAAUUAUUAAUGGAAUUGGAUUCUGUCACAGUCACAAUAUCAUACACAGAGACAUAAAGCCAGAGAAUAUAUUAGUCUCCCAGUCGGGUGUUGUCAAGUUAUGUGAUUUUGGAUUUGCACGCACAUUGGCGGCACCUGGGGAGGUUUAUACUGACUAUGUGGCGACCCGAUGGUACCGAGCCCCCGAGCUGCUGGUUGGUGAUGUCAAGUAUGGCAAGGCUGUGGACGUGUGGGCCAUUGGUUGUCUGGUCACUGAAAUGCUCAUGGGAGAACCCCUAUUUCCUGGAGAUUCUGACAUUGAUCAGCUGUAUCAUAUUAUGAUGUGUUUAGGUAAUCUCAUUCCAAGACAUCAGGAGCUGUUUUAUAAAAAUCCUGUGUUUGCUGGAGUAAGGCUGCCUGAAAUCAAGGAAACAGUCCCUCUUGAAAAGCGCUACCCUAAACUCCCUGAAGUGGUCAUAGACCUAGCGAAGAAAUGCUUACAUACUGACCCAGACAAAAGACCCUUCUGUGCUGAGCUCCUGCACCAUGACUUUUUUCAAUUGGAUGGAUUUGCUGAGAGGUUUUCUCAGGAACUACAGUUAAAAGUACAGAAAGAUGCCAAAAAUAUUUCUUUAUCUAAAAAAUCCCAAAAUAGAAAGAAGGAAAAAGAGAAGGACGAUUCCUUAAGUGAAGAAAGAAAAACACUUGUAGUUCAGGAUACCAAUGCUGAUCCCAAAAUUAAGGAUUAUAAAGUUUUUAAAAUGAAAGGGCCAAAAAUUGAUGGAGAAAAAGUUGAAAAAGGCAAUAGAGCUUCAAAUGCCAGCUGUCUCCAUGACAACGGGACAAGCUAUGUCAAAACAGUGCCUUCAACAAGCCUCAGAGACUGCAGCAACGUCACCGCGGGUCACACACGGCACCCGGGCACGGCGAUCCCCCCACUCACACACAAUCUUUCUGCAGUUGUUCCCACUAUUAAUUCUGCAAUGGGGACUAUACCAGCAGUUCAAAGUUACAGGGUGGAUGAGAAAACAAAGAAGUAUUGUAUUCCAUUUGUUAAACCAAAUAAACAUUCCCCAUCAGGCAUUUAUAAUGUUAAUGUGAACACAUCAGUCUCCACUGAAAAGAACCUUUUCCAGGCAAAUAAGAAAAGAAGGGAAUACUCCAAGACAGAUGUCCGUCUGCCCGAACUGAACUACAAUCAUCUCCCUGAGCUCAGAGCCUUGGAAGGCAUAACUCGAAAUUCCAGGCUAGUAAAGAAAGAGAACAAAAUUCUUUCAGAAUCUCGAAUUCCUUCUCUGGCUGCUAUUGACUUGCACACCCCCGGUCUCUCAUCACAUCAGGUCUCAGGCACACCCCUAUCGGAUGGUUCAGAGCCUGACUUGCCUCGAAUGGAACACCAGCACUGAGGGCCACUUUGUUCCUGAACUGGCCGCUGCGUUAGUAUUUGAGAUGACAUCCUCUUGCAACAAGAAUGCUGACAUCUAGGAAGAGAGAUUCACAGUUUUGAUUGUUUACUUUUGAAUGACCUGCAUUUUCGGAGAAAGGCCUUGCAGGAGAAGGAAAGACAAAGACAUCAGAUGUGAAGAUUGAACAAGUGCACCUCCCCCGCUGUGAUCCUGUACCUUUCAAGUCCAUUGAUGCUAUUUCAAGAUAUAU